AUGUCUCAAGUCUCAGGCAAGAAAGAAACUGUGAAAGGCAAGAUUGAGAAGACUUAUGGAGGAGUCAAGGUAAUGGGAUUGAAAGCAAGUUCCUCCGCUCAAUCCAAGAAGGUUGUUGGCACCAAGUCUCGUGCAUCCAUUGAGAAACAUCUUGACACCACUGUCUCUGAGGAUGUUUCAAUUGAGGAUUCUCCUGCGAUUGGUGAGCCCGAUGUCAAGACAUCUGCCCUUCCAUCAGAUGACUCUCGCUCUGAUGAAUCUGCAAAGAAGAUCUCUCCAGAUGUUUCUUCAUCCUCCAAAGACUCUGAUUCCGAGAGUGAAGACACCAAGGAAGUCUCUUCAGAAGAGUCGACCAAAGCCCUUCCAACGGUUCUGGAGAUUUCUGACGAUGACGACUUAGAUGAAGUUCCAUUGGCAAGUGUGGCUGAUAGAUUGCUGAAAAGAAAAAGGGUUUCUGUUGAAGAAACCCCUUCUGUUCAAAAGAAGAAAGUCAAAUCCACUCCUGUCUCUUACAAAUCCAGACAAGUAGAUGUGACAGUGAAAGGCAAGCAAAAGGCUGUGGAGUCUUCUGGCAAGAGAGUUAAGAAGACUACUGAGAAGAAGAAGAAAGUUUCCAGGGUGGACUUGGACUCUGAUUCAGAUGUCGAAGCCGAUGUCCUGGACAUCACGGCUUCUGGAAAGAAGAAAUUCUCUGGUAAGCGUGUUCCUCAGGAUGUUCCCUCUAUUCCUCUUGAUAAUGUCUCCUUUCAUGCUGUUGAGAAUGCUCUCAAGUGGAAGUUUGUGUACCAGCGUCGAAUUGCAAAAGAGAGGGAAAUUGGUUCUUAUGUUUUGGAAUGCAAGGAGAUUAUUGCUCUUAUCACACGGGCUGGUCUGAGAAAGACUGUUCUGGAUAUUGGUAAGUGUCAUGAGAGACUCGUGAAGGAGUUUCUAGUUAAUCUGUCUGAUGAUGUUGGUAAUCCUGAAAGUCCUGAAUUCAGGAAAGUUUUUGUGCGCGGAAAAUGUGUGCAUUUCUCCCCUGCUAUAAUCAAUCAAGCGCUUGGAAGGAGUGUGGUUGAGUUUGUUGAAGAAGAGCUGUCUUUGGACAAUGUUGCUGAGGAAUUGACUGCAGGGAAGGUGAAGAAAUGGCCUUCUAAGAAGUUACUGUCUCCUGGGUUUUUAAGUGUGAAGUAUGCUAUUCUCAACAGGAUUGGAGUGGUAAAUUGGAUUCCCUCUAAUCAUACUUCUGGUGUCUCUGCUAUGUUAACCAAACUCAUUUACCGCAUAGGGACUGAGAUACAUUUUGAUUUUGGCUCUUUUGUGUUUACUCAAACCCUGAAGCAUGCUGAGACUUGUGCAGUGAAGCUUCCUGUCUCUUUUCCUUCACUUCUGACUGCUAUCAUACUGAAACAACAUCCUCAUAUUCUUGGUGUGAAUGAUGUGCCCUUUUCCAGGGGAAAUCCUAUUACCUUGGAUCAUCGCUUAUUCUUGGAACCUCAUGUCCUGGACAUUGAUCUGCCAUCCAAUAGGACAUCUGUGCUUGUUUCUAUGUCAGCUUCUGGCACAAAGAGUGUUCUUUCUGAAUUGGAAGAUAUUUCUAAGGAGUUGCAAGAAACCAUCAGGGCUGCUGCUGCAAGGAAGCUUAAGGUGGAUGCGUUGAUUCAAAGUCUCAAGGAGGAAGCUGGUCAAGAAGGUGAGUUUGCAGCUGCUGCUGAGAAGGAAGGAUCUGCAGAUAAUGAAGAAGAGCACUCUUCUUCUUCUGAUGUUUAG